CAGAUGUGGAGACUUCCACUUGUGAUCGCAGCAUCCAUAAAAAAGUUGGAGACACUGUGGAGAUGUCAUCAUGUUUACCACCUGAAGGGGUCAGCUCGGCAAAGUGGAAAUAUAAAGAGUUAAUAAUUGAGGCGAAAGGGAAGGAAGUUUCUGUACAACCUCAGUUCAAAGACAGAGUAGAGCUAAACCCAACAAGCUUUAGUUUAACAGUGAGAACACUGACUCUCCAAGAUUCUGGUGAUUUCAUUUUUAUGUCAGAGGCGAAUGACCAACAAAGGCCCACAGUCAUCAUCACUCUGCAUGUUCAUGAGCCCAUAACCACGAAGCCCGUCGUGACCUCCAAAUCCUCCUGGCACGCCUCAAACAACUCGUGUGGGGUGACCCUGCUGUGCAGCGCAGCCACCGACAGCGGGGUCACGGACAGCCGGGUCACCGACAGCGGGGUCACCGACAGCCGGGUCACCGACAGCCGGGUCACCGACAGCCGGGUCACCUACAGCUGGGCCGUGAGGAACCAAACCUCAAGUGGCUCCAGGCUGCAGUACAUCAUCACGCCUCAGGACGGAGACACCGGAUUCACCUGCUCCGUUUCCAAUGUGGUCAGCGAGAAGUCGGAGUCCGUCACAGUGAAGUGCAGCAGAGUGUCCUACUCCUCAUCUCUUGUAUUGUUGAUUGUUGGCCCGGUUAUUGGACUAUUAUUGUUUAUUCUCCUGCUGCUUUUCUACACAAAGUCAAAGGGUCCAUGUUGUAACAGGGAUAACCCGUCUCAAACAGUCAACCAAGAUGACUCUCAACACCAAGUGUACUCCUCUCUUCUCCAUGUUGAUGGCUGUGUCUAUGAAACUUUGAGAGGCGUUCAAGAUGCUGGAACAGAUUUGGUUGCAGCGUCAUAAAGAGAGGAGUCAAGAGUCAGCUGAUUCCUUCUGAGUGUCGAAACGGACAACUUGAAAAUUAAUAUUGAACGUUGGGUGAAUGUUGUAAAAACUUCUUAAAAUGGCAUUUGACACAUUUAAUGGAAUAUGCUGACUCAGAAAAAAGAAAAUGACUAAAUCAUUCCCAUCUUCAAACUCCCUAAAUAUAUUCAGUUGUGUGUUUAAUGCUUUGCUCAU